ACCUCACUGACAUCAGAAAAGCCAUUUAUGUCUGGUACUAUGAGCGCGGCCGAAAUGGCGCUGGAUCAAUUACCCCACAUGCCAGUUCUGAAGCUAUCGUUACAUUGAAGACAUUCAUAAUCCUUAUCCAGAAGGAAAACUGGUCCGCCGUUCGGUUGAGGCCGGGCUUCGGCAAAGUCUAUCAAACCCAUAAAUAAAAUGGCAUUCGUCUUUUCCUUUCAAUAUGUCAUUCCUUGCUAGACUUUAGGUUCCAAAAAGACCACCUGCAGAUCCAAGUCCAUAUCUCAUUAUGGCUAUCAACGGAACCCUCCCAAAGACCCAGAAAGCGGCCCAGUACUUCGCAGAAACAAACGCGAUCACCGUCAAUGAAACCCCUGUACCUACACCAAAUGAAAACCAGCUUCUCAUAAAAGUAGCUGCGGCGUCCAUUUGUCACAGCGAUGUAAUGCUACUUGAGCCUAACGAUGCAGGACUCGUUUUAGGAGAUAGUCGUCCAAGGACAAUCGGCCAUGAAGCCACCGGGAUUAUACUCAGCGUCCCCUCAUCAUGCAAAAACCCCACUCUCAAGGUCGGUGCCCGAGUUGGAUUUUUGUGUCCCGAAAAUGUCUGUUAUGAAUGCCCGGGCUGUCGAAUUCAUAAUACUCUUUGUGUUCGGGGGACAGCAACCAUGGGAGGAUUUGGUCAUGAUGGGUUCUUUCAGGAAUAUGUUGUAAGCCACUGGAUGAAUGCUAUUGUUCUACCAGAAGAGUUGGAUAUUUAUGAAGCGGCGCCUUUGUUUUGUGCUGGUGUUACUAGUUGGCAGGGCGUCACGCAGGCUGAGAUCAAGGAGGGCGAAUGGAUGGCAAUUGUUGGAUGUGGUGGGUUGGGACAUCUUGGUAGGCUUUUCCCCCCUCCCUAUACCCUGUCUAUCAGUCUACAAUUUUCUAAACAAAACCAGGCGUGAAAUACGCAAAGGCUUUGGGCUACAAAGUCGUAGCCAUCGACAUCUCCGACCGCCAACUUGAAGAAGCGAAGAGCUCUGGUGCAGACUACGCAUUCAACCCAAUGACUGAUAAAGACUACUUUGCCAAAGUAAAAGCAGUCACAGACGGAGGGUGCCAUGCCGCAGUCAAUUUUACAGAUUCGGGAGCAGCAUACGAGGCAUCACCACCGUUAUUACGAACCGAUGGAGUCUUGAUGGUUGUAGGUAUUCCGCGCCUAGGAAUUCAUCUCAACGCUAUGGAUAUUGCUAUGGGCAGAUUUCGAAUCAAGGGCGCCAGCAACUCCAUCCCUCAGAAGAUGGGUCCUUGCAUCAACUUCUCGGCCAAGCAUAAUAUCAAGCCACGGGUCACUUUCCAUAAGCUGGAUCAGAUUAAUGAGAUGAUUGAUGCGAUGCGUUCUGGAAAAGCGGCCGGGAGAAUGGUGGUCAAAUUUGAUUAGGGCUCUAUCUUAUCUUCUGUAUCUUGUGUCACUUGAAUAAUAUGGGUAUCAAUUUACAUGCAUUUCCCUACUUGACA